AUGUGCCAGCUGCGAACAUAUAUCAUCACGGUCGGCAAAGAUCCUUACAACCUCCCCCCCAACACCGAACGUGGUGUGGACCAGACCACUUUCAGCCCUCGUGCUAUUGCAGACUCGGACAACGCCAAUUAUCGUCCUGAGAUUGACGACGACCGCCAGCUCGUUGGUGCUCGCGGUGCCGAUAACCAGCCUACUUUCAGAAAAUUCGCCAGGGAAGAUCAGCAGACGGAGCGUUCUGAUGCGACGGGACAUAUCCCCCAAGGCGAGGUCGAUGAUCUCUUGAGCUCCGCGCCUGACGGCAUCAAAGGUAUAUCUGGCCGCACCCGCGGUGCAAAGGUUGAUGCUUGGAAGCAGGACAGAGAGGUCGACAGGUACAUGAAUGAUACUGAACUCACCGAUGAGGAACAGGAUGUUGAGAUUGGUCGCGCGACAGGUCGUGGUUGAAGAGGUGGGAUGACAUAAUGGCGACUCCAAGGAAGCUGUAUAACACCGUGCGAUAUGAUUUCGAGAAAUGGACACACUUGGCCAUGGUGUCGAUCGGCAUUAUCCGCGACUCUUGUGUCGUGAAGUAACUACACUUCGAAUCGGAAGCGUGCCGUC